CAAAUCGCUUGCAACUAGCAAAGACUUCUACUUUCAUUUAGUUUCUAAAAAAUAGAAAAAGUUAUUGUCAUCUUCGCUGGAUAGUUUGUCAUCAUGGCUACCGAUUGUGUUUCAAGUUUGCCGACUCCUGGAUUUAAAUUUAAUAACUGUUUAAGAAAUGCAUACAUGACUUCAAAAGGAUAUCCUGUUCCAAAAGCUAAAAAAACAGGUACAACCAUUGUUGGCAUGGUCUUUAAGGAUGGUGUGAUUCUUGGAGCUGAUACUCGAGCUACUUCAGGCUCAAUUGUUGCUGAUAAGAAUUGUGAGAAAAUUCACUACAUGGCUCCCAAUAUGUAUUGUUGUGGUGCUGGCACAGCUGCUGAUACUGAACAAGUUACUAAGAUGAUAGCAUCUCAAUUGGAGCUUCAUCGACUGGCAACAGAUCGUGUCGUUCCUGUGUGUGUAGCUAAUCGUUUACUCUAUCAGUACCUUUUCAGAUAUCAAGGUCAUGUUGGUGCUGCCUUAAUUCUUGGAGGAGUGGACGAAAGUGGUCCUAGUAUCUAUUCUAUCCAUCCUCAUGGAUCUUAUCAAAAGGCACCCUUUGACUGCACAGGUUCAGGAUCCUUAGCUGCAAUGUCUGUCUUUGAAACUAGAUGGAAACCAGAUAUGGCACUUGAAGAAGGGAAGGAGUUGGUUCAUGAUGCCAUUGCUGCUGGUAUUUUUAAUGAUUUAGGAUCAGGUAGCAUUGUUGAUCUGUGUGUUAUUACAAGUGAUGGAGUAGAUUACAUCCGUCCCUAUAAAGUUGCUAACGUGAAAGGACAAAUUUUUGGAAAGUAUAGCUAUCCUCCUGGUACUACUCCAAUAUUAUCUUCGCAAACGGUUGAGUUAGAAGUUGUUGAAACAACUGUAAAACAAAAUGAUGAAGAUAUGGAAGUUGAAGCAUAAAAACCACUUAGUUCUGUAAUUUUUUUCACUAUUUAAUGUAAUUGUUUACAUAAACAUAUGUUUUCCAAUAAAAGUAUUUUCUACAA